AUGUCCUCUACCGCGGAGCUCGCCUACACGCUCGAGGGCGUCGCGCAGGGCAUGCGGGAGGACGGUCGGGCGCGGCUCGACCUGCGGCACCUCGCGAUCGAGUGCUCGAUCUUUGCGCACACGUGCGGCUCGGCGCGCGUGACGCUCGGAAACACCGAGGCGAUUGUCGGCGUCGUCGCAGAGCUGUCGGAGCCGGAAUCCGACGCGCCGGACGCGGGGAGGAUCAGCGUGAGCGUCGGCGCCGCGGGCAACUUGGCGCUGCCCGACUACGGCGGCACCGACGCCGUCACCUUCCUCGAGGCGGCGCUCGCGCCGCUCUACUCGCACAAGGCUCUCGGCCCGGCGCUGCGGCCGCUGUGCAUUAGCCGCGGCGCGCAGUGCUGGGAGCUGCGCGUGCACGCGCAGCUGAUCUCGUGCGACGGCUGCCCGCUGGACGCGCUCGCCCUCGGCGUGCGCGCCGCGCUGCAGAGCACGCGGUCGCUCGACGAGUCCCUCCCCUUCGACGCGAGCGGCGUGCCCCUCUUCCUCACCGUCUCCAACCUCGGACCUCACCUGGUCGCCGACUGCUCGGCCGCAGAGCGGCGCGCCGCGGGCAGCGCCCUCUCGCUCGGGCUCAACGCCGCCGGCGAGGUGUGUGCGGUGCGCGGCGGCGGGGGCUGCGGCGUCCACCUGGCGCUGGCGGCGGACAUGCUGCAAACCGCCCGGCUGCUCUGCGCGGCGCUGCUCGAGGCGGUGGCCGACGCGACGGCGGCCGCCUUGCGCGACGCCCAGAUGCGGGGCCACCCAUACGCGGAGUCGGGCGCGUACGGCUUCCUGGCGUGA